AUGGAGAGCUCCAACGGCAAGCCGCCGCGGGGAGAGGAAGAGGGGAAGGCGGCGGGGUCGAUCGGAGGCCACGAGUCGCUGCACAGGCUCCUCGAGUCCAAUCUCCCUCCCGAGCUCUUCAAGGAGGCAAGCCGGUUGCUUUUGGGGUUGAAUUGUGCACACCCUCUUGAGGCUAUUUCCCUGCCUGGGGCCACCACUGAUCUUGCUGGAGCGCAUAAUUUCGAUGUGCAGGCAUUCCGUUUUAACGCUGACAAAGAGCAUAUGAGACAGCCGCGGAUUGUUCGAGUUGGCUUAAUUCAGAACUCAAUUGCUGUUCCAACGACUUGUCAUUUUGCUGAUCAAAAGAAGUCUAUCAUGGAGAAAGUAAAACCCAUCAUAGACGCAGCUGGUGCUUCUGGUGUCAAUAUUUUGUGCUUACAGGAAGCCUGGACAAUGCCAUUUGCCUUCUGCACGCGUGAAAAACGAUGGUGUGAGUUUGCUGAGCCUGUUGAUGGAGAAUCUACUCAGUUUCUUCAAGAGCUUGCACAGAAAUAUAACAUGGUAAUUGUUAGCCCUAUCCUUGAAAGGGAUAUAAACCAUGGAGAGACUAUAUGGAAUACUGUUGUUGUAAUUGGAAAUAAUGGCAACAUAAUUGGCAUUCAUCGAAAGAAUCACAUCCCAAGAGUUGGCGACUUCAAUGAGAGCACGUACUAUAUGGAAGGUAACACUGGGCAUCCGGUGUUUGAAACAGCUUAUGGCAAAAUUGCUGUAAACAUCUGCUACGGCAGGCAUCAUCCUCUGAAUUGGCUUGCAUUUGGCCUCAAUGGAGCUGAAAUAGUUUUCAACCCAUCUGCAACUGUCGGUGAACUUAGUGAACCAAUGUGGCCUAUUGAGGCAAGGAAUGCUGCAAUUGCAAAUAGCUACUUUGUCGGAUCAAUUAACCGGGUAGGCACAGAGGUAUUCCCGAACCCAUUCACUUCUGGUGAUGGGAAACCUCAGCAUGCCGACUUUGGUCAUUUCUAUGGAUCCAGCCAUUUCUCAGCGCCUGAUGCUUCCUGCACCCCAUCGCUAUCGCGCUACCGAGAUGGCUUGAUGAUAUCUGACAUGGACCUGAACUUAUGCCGCCAGAUCAAAGACAAGUGGGCCUUCCGCAUGACUGCUCGGUAUGACAUGUAUGCUGACUUGCUUUCAGAGUACUUGAAGCCAGAUUUUAAGCCUCAGAUCAUCGCGGAUCCCUUGAUAAAUAAGAGGGCUUAA